CUUGCAGUCACGCUUGCAAACCAAUGGCUCUUUGUAGCUCUAAUUUCGUUGGCUGCGAAAUCUGAAUUAUUUGCGAUUUGGUUGCAUUCAGCUUGACCUCAGGAGGGGCGAUGGCAAAGCCGAAGAGCAGUCGCGUGGGCAAACCACCAUGAGGGAGGACCUGGAAGUAUACUUUUGGAACCACAAGUUUGAACACUUGCAAUCUUUGGGAGCCAAGGAAAUAGACGGGAUUUCUCCUCGACUGCUGGCGCCUGCAAGUGCAGUGGCUUCCGGAGUCCUCCAUGCCUGGGGUAUGGCAUUGAGAAAACACUAUGGUCAAGGUUCGCCAAAUUGUUUGUUCGAACUGGGCUGGUGGGCAGGUUUACUCACUGAUGGUCUUGGAGGGAUCGUAUUUGCUUCGACUGCGCCGUUAAUGGCAGUUGAGAUCCUCGUGCCCUUGACCGCAGUCGCCCAGUUGUCCGCCGCUUUUAUAUGCGGAGUUUGCAUGUUUGGAGAGAGAAGCACAACGAAGCAGAAAGCUGGGUUUGUCCUGUCAGUAAGCAGUGUUGGUCUACUUGGAUGUUCAAGAACCAAGAGCUAUAGUCAUCUUCCUGGCAGCUUUUGGAAACUGUGGUUGCAGCCGCAUGUUCUUUGGGUGCAUCUAUUUUGGGUUUGCACCACGGUGAUGUGCUUGGUUGGUAUCAGUGAACAGACGGGUUUUGCUGUACUGUCUGCAUACUUCGAUGGUAUGCAAUUCCUAUUUACGCGGACACUUGCAAUGACCCUUGAGAAUGCAGGCGUGCAUGAGUCAGUUGCGAGUUUGUCACUGGGGAAGGCGUUUUGUGCACUAACAGCAAUAUACUGGCAGCAACACUCUUUGGGGGCAGGGCUGAUCAGCAUUGGCGGAGUGCUUCCCCUUCUGCAGAACUUGACUCAAGCAUCCCUUGGUGCGACUUUUUUCAGAGACGAAGUGGAGAUUACCCCGGCCAUUGUGAGCGCUAUGAUCAUAGCUCCUGUGAGUGUGUGGCUUCUUGCCCAGACACCGGAAGUUCAUCGGGCAUACAGAGGGGCCUUGAGACAGGCAGGCCAGGCAGUGAAGCACCGCGAAUGUCACUCACGCAAUCUCCCAAGCUUACUUGUUAGAAAGCCAGGCAACAUUUCUGAUGACCACAGCAAGCAGGAGACAGGUGAAGACUGAGAUGGCCUUUAGCUUUCCACAUGGGGUGUAGAUUUGCAGCGUGCUUCAGCUACGGAAAGGCAAAAGCUCAGAGUAGAGCAGAUCAAAAAGGCA